UCUCUCUCUCUCUCUCCUCUGUGUGUUUGUGUGCCUCCCUCGCACUUUUUCUUGUCACAGGGAUCGAGCCAGCACUACUCCUUGAACCUUAGCGGAACGUACCAGGAUCCCAAAAGGCUUCCGCUGCUCUCGCAGCCCCCUUCUUCAUGGAUAUUCGCGCGCAACCAACAUCGUGGUACGACACCAUGAUGACGUACUCGUUACUGUCAUCCGCCUAUCCUACUGUUGUCAGGUACAUCUCCGGCGCCUUCAUCGCUCUGGGCUUUGUGUUCAUCAUACCCAUCAUCCUGCUCAUUGCAGUGGACUUUGGCAUCUACAUUUACAGGAUAUGUUGGAGUCGCCCCUGGAACCGAUAUCAGAACCAGCCAUCGCACCCGCAUGAGCAGCGGUUGCAGCAACUGCAACUGCACAAGCUCCCGCCAGAAGUCGUGGAAGGGACACCGAUCGUGACCUCGACGGCGACAGGCGCUGUGCGGAAACGUAUACAGCAUCUAAGCAAGUCUGGGGAUGGUAACGACGUGUCGUCCGGGUAAACGGGGCGCGUGCGACGUUACGAUGAAGGGACGAGAGCUGUGCUUCGAGCGUGCGGGUUUUCUCUAAGCUGAUGAACAUGCUUGUUCUGGUUGCCUCGGCAAAGUGUUCCUCGAUGAUCUGCUUUCGUAUCGGAUUCCUGUGCGUGAUCUACUCUACUUAGGCUUAGUGACAGCGGCUGCUUUUAGAGAAUACCAAAAGGUGUUGUUGAGCUAAACCAGGCACGGCUAACGGAGAAAUGACUUCCUUUUCCCAAGGGGCCCCUGUUCAUGAUUGAGCUGAGACGUACACUACUUGUAGCUGCCUCGCAGCUACUUUGGAAUUCAGAGAGAGUCACUGAUAAUCGAUUACUUUCAGAGGAAUAAAAGCUUGAUCAAGUAGGCUUCCCGACCACCUGUUUAGCACCAAAGAGGCUUGUUGGCUGGGUGGUCGGAUGGCUCCCGUUUGUCUCCCGUCUCUGACCGGUGCAAACCA